UAUUCAGUCACCGCGGAACUCUAGCGUAUUGCACAGGUGUGUUGAUCGAGUGCGUGAUGUUCGACGAUCGUAAAUAAAACCUGUUAUAACAAUAAUAGUGUUGAUUUUGUGAGAGCAAAUAAGUGAAACGGCGAAAUCAUUAAAAAUAACUGCUGACAUGUUAAUAAUUUAACAUUGUUUUCUCCGAUUUGUGUCCAAGUGGUGUAUUUCGAAAGAGUGACAACAAGUUUUUCUUGUGUUGUGAGACUUGUGAGUUCGGUCCUUGAGUUGGAGGCUUUAUCACCGUCUACGCUUGUUCCACUGCUAAGCGUUUGGCGGGCAUCUCAGCCGAGAUUCCGCAUCCCGUCGAAUUUAUUUCGAGAGCUGGACUAAAUACUGAACUGAAGGUGCCUGAGGAGGCAAUGAUGGCGCCCAGCGUGUUCCAAAGGACCAAGUCGCCGCGCACCUCACCUGGAAACUUGCCUAGAAAAUUACAGAACGGCACGGAAGCGACUGGCCAGUCAGAUCCGACAGCUGACUCCAGUCCCGGCAACUCCAUAUCUGAUGCUGAGAACUUCGAGUGCUACGGCGAAGGAGACCACGAUGUUCCUGCUAAUACAUUAGAGAAUGGCACGAGAAGUCCUGGAAACCCAUUGAACAGACACUCUUGGACACGAACCAGCCUCAGGAGAACACCACCAAGCCAUCAGGAGAACUUGCCGAAUCGCCGUUGGGGCUCCAUGAGACACUCUGGGAAGCGACAAAUCGGCUCCAAUGUCUUAGCUAGCCAAUUAUACCGGUCGUCGUCAUUUAACUCGUCGGGCUGCGGUUCAGGCGGGGAACCAGCUGACGACAUGUACUCCGACGUAUCGUUGGAGGAAGAUGUCCAAGGCCUCAACUAUAAGGUGCAGUUACUUCAGCAGCAAGUGACAUCUCUAGCUGACACUCAGAGUACGGCUGACGAGCGCUACGCGAGGGCAAAGGCUGACAACGCAGUGCUGCAAGCCAGGGUACACAUGCUUGAUGAACAGAUACGAGAGAUUGAAUGCCGAUGUGAAGAGAGUAUAGCGGAAGAGAAACGUCGCAGCCGUGAAGCUAUUUCUCGUGUGGAGCGAGACCGCGACACACAGCUGGCUGCCAUCACUGACAGGCUGAGCGCUGCUGAAGCCGAGGCUUCCGAACUUAAACAAGAGGUGGGACGACUCCGUGGAGUAGCAGAAACAUUGAGAGCGAACGCGGAAGCUGCGGCGCGGGCGCACCGCGAGGCUCAGGAACAAGUGGCCGAGCUAUCAGCAGCUCUGAGCAGUGCUCGCGAGGCUGAGCGAAGGGAACGAGAUGCGGCUGCCACGGCCAACAGUCUGCUGGCCACCGCCAGGCAGGAGCUGCAGAGGCUGAGGGACGCCCCCCCACCGCCACCCGACCCUCGCCUCGACGAGCUCAGGAAGGAACUGACGCUGCUUCGGACACAAAAUAAAUCUCUAUCGGAAGCUCAAGAAGAGUUACAAGCGCAAAUCUUGACGCGCGGCGUGGAGGAGGGUCGCAGUUUGCUGGACGGAGUGAGCGGCCCUCUCGUGGGCACCAACUCCCUCGCACACGAACUGUCACAGAUGAGUGACGAUGAGCUCGAUGGUAACGAUACACAAUCUGAUCUCAGCAUAGAGAUGGAAAAGUUGCAGAAAGCUUUAAAGGAACAGCAAGACGUGAACGUUCAACUGAGGAACUACAUCGACGGGAUACUCCUAUCCAUCGUGGAGAACUACCCACAGUUACUCGAAGUCAAAUACCAGAAAGCCCCGGGCGACACCAGAUCAUAACAUAUAACUAUAACGACAUUAUUAUUCUUUGUUAUUUCCAAUCGGUAAUCAAUUUAUUUGGACAUGUUUUAACAAUUUAUUUGUAUCAUUAUCAACGUUUGAAAUUAUAUUGGUUUGAUGUAGAUUGAUAUUGAAUACUGUGAUAAGAAAGAUAAUCAUCAAAAUUAUUAUAUAUGUAAAUGGCUUCCUUUGGAAAGCCGAAUAGUCUUCUUGGAAAUUAGAUUUAAUAAUACUUUUAUAAACGGAAUUCCUUUUAUAUAGCGGAUCCUUUAUAUCUAGGUCGUAUAGAAAGGUGUCAAUAUAAUGAUUAUACAUAUAAGUUGUAAAUAUUGUGUAUAGAACUACGUUAAGCAUUUUUAAAGGUUUAGUGAAGAUAUUGUUCCUUGUUAUUAUCUCAGACGUUUGCUUCGAAUGCAGUUGUCAGUUAAUAAUAAGUGAUGUAUAAUUUAUUUGGGUGUAUUUUAUGUUACAUUAGAUCUGUGCAAAGUAGAGGAAAAUAAUGAAAUUAUACUUUAACGACAAGGCCAGGCCGUCCAUAAAGAUAUUAAUGUAUAACUACUUAAAGCAAUUUCUGUGAAAGACUGUGCGAUUGAUAUACUUGGGUGCGUAGAAUUAAAGAUUAUUAUGUGUUAUAUGGAUAAGUAAUGUAUGAACUAAGAAGCGAUAUAUUUACGGGUGCUCAGAAUUCACUUUCAAUUAACAGUAUAUUAAAUUAACUAAAAUAAUCACGGUUUACUCGUGUACAUUAAUGGAGAAAAGCUCUAGGUAGGCUGCGUGACGUCACCGCGUCUGCGCACGCUGCUCAUGAUAAAGAGUCCCUCUGUGACUCGAAACUAAUAGAGCUUUUCUCCAUUAAUAUACGUGAGUAAACCGUGAUUUUUUAAGUUAAUUUAGUAUGUGUCACGAUAGUUAUUAUAAAAAUAACGUUAUAUUUAUUUUAACAUCAACAAAGCGUAGAACUUGAUCUAAUUGAAAGUGACUUCGAAGCAGUGUAUUGUAAUAAUUGGAGCCAUUUAAUACGAAAACUGUAUUCAUAGUUGUAUAUUACGUGUAACUGCAUACCCUAGUACCUAAAACAAUAAUUAUUUAGUAAGAAAAGAUCAUGUACCUAUAUUUUUACAAUGAAAUAUUUAUAGAUAAGUUAGCAUGUAGCUAUAUAGGAAUUUGUGUACAUUUUGAUAACACUGUUCAUAAAUAUAAUAACAAAAGAUGUCCCUUAACAGUCAUCAAAGUAAAUUAAACCAAUUAAUACAGA